AUGGAGGCGAACUGGCAGCGCCAGUGGGCGGAGCACGACGCCGCGAAUCCGCCGAACGAGAAGGACGGGCAGCAGAGCCUGCUCAUCCAGAAGCUCAUGCGCCUCGCCGUCGAGGUCUUCGAGCACCGCCGCUACCUGGGCACCGUCGAGGUGUCCUGGAUGUUCGGCAUCUACCAGGAGUCGGCGACGAUCUGGAUCGACGAGGCCGGCGCCGGCGGCGGGCCGGACCCCCUGCUCGACGACACGUCGAACGCGGCGAAGACGCUCCGUCAGCUCAUAUCGCGCAUGGAGGCGCGCGCGAAGCGCUGGGACGACCCCUUCUUCGCGGAGAAGCCGUCCCGCGACACGCGCCUCGGCGCGACGGGCACCAUCGGCUUCAACAUUUUCGGCAUCGUGGGGUGGCAGGUGUCCGUGACGUGCUCCAUCUACGCGAGCACGCUCCGGCGCUACGCGGCGUCCCGGAGCCGCUGGCCGCUCGUCGAGUCGCUGGAGCGCUACCGGCCCUUCUUCCUGGCCAUCGCGGCGGACGGCUACGUCGACGGCGCCGCGCUGCGGCGCGCGCUCGAGACCGGCGGCGCGCGGCUGCCGCCGCCGCUGGCCGAGGCGCCGCGCGCGACGCUCCGGGACGCGUGGCACCUCGCGGACCACGACAACGACGGCAAGCUCGACCUCGAGGAGUACGUCCUCUUCAUCCACCUCGUGACCAUGGCGCGCGGCGGCCUGCCCCGCGCGCUGCCCGAGAACCUCGUCCCGCCGCGCGCGCGCGAGGCCCGGGCGCCGCCGACGCCGCCGCGCGAGCCGCCGACGCCGCCGCCCGCGUCCCCGCCCGCCUCCCCGGCGGACGACAUCCAGGUGGAGAUCUAA